UCAAGUCAGUGCCUGCAGUCCCGCUAACGGCCAGGCGGGGUACCAUUUCCACCGGAAACAACCGCGAGCCUGAGGGGGCCGCAUGGUGAGGGUGAGAGUCGCAGAGGGAGACGCACGCACACGCACAUGCAGACAGUGAGGGUGACCGCCAAGGAUGAGUGUUACGGCCGUUCCAGAAUCCACGGCCCAAGGAUCUCGACCGAUCGCAGGAUCCGAAUGGAUCCCGGCCUAGUUAAUCAAACAGCUAACAUCAUAGAGGAAGCGGUUUACUCAUGGAGGAGAUUGAGCAGUGGUUUAAUCACUUGCGCAUUGCCAAACGAUCCACACAGAAAACUGAGGACUUAACCUACCUUCUGGACAUUGACUGCCUACAGUCCACAGGACAAAGCAAUCAACUAAUUGCAGUUUCAUGUUCUAAUCGCUGUAUCCGUGUGUACAAUAAACAGACGCUGACUCUAGUUCAACAGUUCCAGGGCCACUCUGCUCCUAUUAGUGGCAUUAGGUUUGCACAAACCACUGGCCAUUUGUUAUUCUCUGCAUCAUGUGACGGGACAGUGAAAUGUUGGGAUGUGCGUUCCUCUAGCACAGACCCUGUUCAGAAUUAUACAGGCUAUCCUAAUAACACGUUUAUAAGCUUUGAUAUUAGCUGUAAUGAUUUGGUUAUCUGUGCUGGAACAGAAAAGGUUGAAGAAGAUACUUUCAUGGUUUUCUGGGAUGCACGCAGUGUGACAAACACGGAUAGUCGUGGAAGCCAGGAACCUCUUGGAGUUUAUUCAGAGACUCACAACAACGACAUCACUCAAGUGUGUUUCCACCCCUCAAAUCCCAACAUGGUGGCGUCAGGGUCGACUGAUGGAUUGGUCAACAUUUUUGACAUCAGCCAAGAAACAGAAGAUGAUGCACUUCUUGCAACUUGCAAUUCUGAUUCCUCAGUCAGCUUUGUUGGGUGGUCUGGUAAAGACCUGGAACAGAUUUUUUGCAUGACUUACGAUGAAGGUUUCUAUCUGUGGGAUCUUGCCCAUCUGCAUAAUGAUGAGCCCAUUACACUGGUGAAAAUGCAGGAUGCCCGAGAAAGCUUGAAACUUGACAAUGGCCACCUGGACUACCUGAUUGGAGGCUUUUACCAUGAAAAGGUUGAAAAGUUGUUUGUACUAGGUGGGACCACUAUGGGGAAGCUUCAUUUUUUAACAUGUGAUGCUGGCAGCCUUACCCACCUGCACACCCUACAUGACAGACACUCGGCUAUAGUUCGUGCUUUUUAUUGGGAUUCUGAGGAGAAUUCUCUGUUGACGUGCGGGGAAGAUGCUCAGCUAUUUUUAUGGAGUCCAAAUGCCACAGAAUCAACCACAGAAAAGAAGACGUCAAUGAAGCUUCCAUCAGAUGUGCAUAGAAAAAUGAGAGUUCAUAGCAAAAAUGCUUACCAAGGCAAGAAAUAAGAUAAAUAGACAACUCGUCACACUUGUAUACAGCUGAGUUUCAUUGAGAAUAAUUUCCGUUUUGCUGAGAGGAAAAGAAAUUUUCCUGUCUGUCAGGAAUUCAGUCAUUCAACAGUGACUAAUUGACUCCAGAUCUGUGUUCCUUCUAAACAGUGAGGCUUUAAUUGGGGAAACCUAGAAAGUGCAACGCAAUAGCUUUCUAAAAGAUGGAGCUGGAGAUAUCUGCUCAGAACUGGGAUUUUAUUUAAGUGUCUGUAGUUUUAUUUUGAUAGUAAUGGUUUCAUUAAUUUUUCUUUAAGUCAGAAAGUUGGUUCCUAUAAAAAGAAAGAAGCAUUUCAGCAAAUAUGUUCUGUUGGGAUUAUUUUAUUAAGUUACAUAUAAAUUAAAGAGAUAAUGCAACAUUUAAUGUGAUUUUUUUGGUCGAAGAAAACAUUGGUUUAGUUUCUUUGUAAAUUGGACUAUAUGUUUGCAUUGGACUUUGUCAUCCUGCUGUGGUUUUUGUGUUCAAAAUUCUCUUGUUAUGCAGACUUAAUAAAAAUUGUGCACGUCUGCUAUAUUAUAGGGCAGGCUCUAUAAACUGUGAUUUUUAACUUCACUUUUUAAAUAUUACACAGUCAUCAUGUUGCUGAUGAAAAUUGUUCUGUGUUGGAAGAGGCAAGGUGCACUGCUGAUAACUUUGAGGAGUAACCGGGGUCAUUUUGACUUUGGCUGACUGCACAAUCAGUACAGCCAUACUUAUGCUUAGUUUUGUUUUAUCUCUAUUGUCUAAACUACAAAUAGUAGGACAAUCCAUUUCCAUUGUUACUGUAUUGUUAGAUGCCAAGGCUAGUCAAUACAACCUUGAAGAGAUUCAGUGCCCAGAAUUCAAUUUCGGGCUUCUGAUUUCAUCUGUCCAUGGCUUCGUAAUGCUGAGGCUUAACUUCCUCACGUGGAAUUCUAACUCCUUUGACAUAAAAUACUCUACUUGGAUAUUUUUUACUUGUGCAUUAGCUUCAGUACUUGAUAGAGGAGGAAUAAGAUCUAUGUGGUACCUAGUCUCUUGCCAUUUAGAAAAUAUUCCAAAUUGCCUUUCUUAGAUCCAAAUUGAAUCACUUUACUCUUCCCCAGUAUUGAACUUCAUUUACCACUCACUUAUAGUCCAUCAAUGCCCUUAGUAACUUCUUGGUCUCAUCACCAGAACUUACUGUUAAACUGCCAUUAUUACAGACAGAGACCACACCAUUUCAAGAGCUGGCAUAGAAAGAUUUGAAGAACAAUGCACUCUUAUAAAUACUUGGUGUGCAGUAUAGUUUUUUUUUAUGUUUGUCUUUGUAAAUCAUUGAAUUUUCUCUAGGCUUAGCUUGGACAAAAGAGCUAAUAAUUGAGACUUUUAGUCAAAUUGUAUCCCUAAUAAAAUGUGAACUUAAAAUAAAAUAAAAUGUAUAUACAGACACU